GGCGGGGUUGCUGGAUGGGGGCUAUGGGCGCCUACGCGAUGUCAGGGUCGGACUGGGACGUCGGCCGCAGCCCACUCGCCUCCUAUCCCCCGCUUCCACCAGUCCACCUCGGCCUGCUCAGGGGCUAUCCCAGCCACAAUGCAGACCGCCACAAUGCUCAGGCCGAUGACAAUGUUCUCCGACAGCGACAUGACCGACGCGAGCGAGUCGACCCUCAUCAGCCCGCCGUCCAACUUCCACCCUCUUUUCUCGGCGUUCUCUGAAGCAGACAUUAUUCUAGGCUCGAGGGAGCGUGUCCUCUUCCGCAUCAACAUCGCCACCCUCAAGCGCACCUCUGCCUGGUUCCGCGCCAUGUUCUCGCUGCCCACAAAGGCGGCGUCCCCUCCCGGGGCUGCCGAGACGCUCUUCCUCGACGAGGACACGCACACGCUCGAGGGGCUCUUCCGCAUGGUGUGUGGCCUGCCCAUCCCGCCGCUCGACAGCUUCGACGACAUCGAGACGCUGCUGCACGCCGCGGAGAAGUACGACAUGCCUGGGCCGACGAGCAUCAUCCGCAUCGCGGUCAUGCGCCCCGCCUUCCUCGCGGAGCCCAUCCGCCUCUACGCGGUCGCGUGCCGCUACGGCUGGGCGGAGGAGGCGCGCCUCGCGAGCUCGCACACCCUCACCCUCGGCAUCCACGCCCCCGAGCACAAGCCCUCGCUCAUGAAGCUCGGCACCCCCGCCCUCCUCGGCCUCAUGGAGCUCCACCGCAGCCGCCGCGAGGCCCUCCGCCACCGUCUCGACGAGCCGCCGUUCGUGAACGAUAUGGGCGACACGGCGUGCAGCCACUGCGGGUCCAUCGCGGACUACCACACCUGGCGGAUCCUGAAGUACGCGAUCAUCAUGGAGAUGGAUGCGCGCCCUGCGGGGGACACGAUCUGCAACCAUGGACUGCUCGAGUGGCCCGCGGCGCGAGCGUGCUGGGACGCUCGAUGUCUGACGUGCAACCGGGUGCUGUAUGACAAGGCGGAGACACUCCGCGUCGUGCGGGAGUGCAUAGACGCACUGCCCCAGACAGUCGAUGAUCUGGAUAUUGCCCUGCCUAUUGCUUGAUUGUGGCCCUUGGCCAUGUCUUCGCAACCUACAUUCACACUCUUUCCGUAAUUUCUCCCCCGAUCUCUCUUCUGCUGUAUCUAUAACUUUCCCAUCGUCAUCGUCCGAUACCCUCUGCUGUAUAUUGCUACCUACUCAUACACUGAUCUAAUCAAUGUUUUAUACUUGUUCGUGCUCACCACAUGCUCAUACGAGACUCGACCUACGACUCCCUCAGAGCACCUGGUAUAUAUGGAACGGAG